GUCACAGUGAUUGACAGCUGCGCGGUGUCGGGUUACGGCGGUGGGCGGGGCUUCACACUGAUCCAAUAUGGCGGCGCCCUGCACGGAUCAACAGGUCUGAAGGUGUUCACGAUGUCCAGGGAGCAGGUGAGUAUCAGUGAGCUCCUGCUCUCAUUGGACAGUCCCGAGCUGCAGGAGGCGGAGCAAGUCAGAGCAGCAGUCAACCAGCAGCUGAGCACAGAUAAAGGAGGUGCUGUCCUCUCCUCCCUGGUGGAGUACUACCUGGACUCGUCGUCCUCUCAGGCGGUGGUCCUGCUGUCCUCCAUCAGAGAGCCUCAUCAUAAGCACCUGCUGGAGAAGCUCAAUGAGUCUCUGAGCAGACCAGGAACUAGACUGGCCGGUCUAACCCUGCUGGGUCACCUGAUCAGAAAGCAGCCUCCCUGGGUUCAUCACAUCAGCCGCUCGCCGCUGCUGCCCUCCCUGCUGCGCAGCCUCAAGACUGACACUGAUGUCGUGGUCCUGAUCACUGGAGUCCUGGUCCUCAUCACUCUGCUACCCAUGAUCCCUCAGGCCGGGAAACAGCAUAUCUACGACUUCUUUGAUGUGUUCGGACGCCUCGCCUCCUGGAGCUACAAAAACCCAGGUCAUGUCCCUGUGGUCCACCUGGUCCACCUGCAUGCAGGCGUGUACUCCCUGUUCCAUCGGCUGUAUGGGAUGUUCCCCUGUAACUUCAUCUCCUACCUGAGGCUGCACUACAGCAUGAAGGAGAACCUGGACACCUUCCAGGAGGUUGUCAAGCCAAUGUUGGAACACGUCAGGGUUCACCCGGAGCUGGUCACAGGGACUCAAGACUAUGAACUGGACCCUUCAAGGUGGAGGUGUUACGAAGUCCACGACAUCGUGAUCGAGUGCUCCAGAGUGUCCCUGGAUCCCCUGGAGUCGUCCUGCGAGGAGGACGUUUACCCCACCCUCAGAGACCCUCCCCCUUCCUCACCCAGACCUCCCACACUCAGCUCCCCGCUCCCUCUCCUGAACCUCAGCCCGGAGGCCGUCUGCAGCUCAGGAGGUUCUGGUGGUCAUCCGACUUUAACUCCUCUGGCGCUCAACAACUCCUACAACCAGGCCGAUGAUGUCACAUGGAGCCCCUCCUCCCAGUGUGGUUUGUCAACGCCCCCUCCCGAGCUUGCUGCCACAGGCUCCGCCCCCCCACUGAGCAGGACUACUUCCGUGUCAGGUGUGAGAAGUGCCUUAUCAGCCACCGUCCCGACUACACCGCUGACUGAAGAGAAACAAGAUGGCGGCCUGACUCCAGACUGUGUGAAGCCGACCGCAGAGCUGAGGAGGUCAUCCAUUCUGCCAAUCACAGAGAAGGAGGGACAAGGACAGAGUGAUGUCAUCAACAACAACACUGAAGAGGUCAGAUCAGAGACACCGCCGCCUUCAUCCUCCUCCUCCUCCUCUCAGCCGGUCCGACUCACCUCCACCCCCAGCCAGGAUGAGUCCUCCUCAGGUUCAGCCCUCCUCUCUCCUCCCUGCUCCAUCUCCAUGUGCCACACCCCUACUCACCCCUCAGCAGAGGGGGGAGGCUCUGCUUUCUUUGACUCCGCCCACAGGGACCAGAGCCCCGCCCCUCCGUAUGAAGCCCUGUUUGAGCUGGCUCUCCCACGAGCUGCCACGCUGCUAAUAGGGAGGAAGACGCAGGAGAUCCUGGAGAAAGCAGGAGGAGAGCAGGAGAGGAAAGAGAGACGGGAGGGGGAGGACAAGGAGGAGGAGCAGACCUCCAUCUCUCCUCUGGAAGUUCUAGACCAGCUGAUCAUCUACGGACACGAAGCCCACGAACACCUCAGCAGGAGGUUGUCAGGAGUGAAUAAGUCGGUGGAUCGGAGUCAUUUUGGAGGUAAACAGCAGAGCAUGAAAACCAAAGGCCCCGCCCAGGGGGAGGAGCUUCAGUCUCUGAGGAGUCAGCUGUUGCUGGUUCACGGUCAGCUGCAGUACGAGCGUUUCAAACGUCAGCAGCACGCCAUGAGAAACCGCCGUCUGCUGCGGAGAGUCAUCAACGCAACCACGCUGGAGGAGCAGAGCGUUGCAAUGAAGGGUCAGCUGAGUGUGCAGGACGGGGAGAUCCGCUCUCUGAAGUCCAGCCUGCAGAAAGAGCAGCAACGAUACACACAGCUGCAGCAGGACACACACACACAAACCGACCAGCUGCACACACACGUCCAACAGCUGCUGCUGCAGCAACAAGACGGGCAGAGAGACAACCAGAGACUGCAGAGCGAGCUUCAGGAGUGUCAGAGCAUGUUGAGGGACGCGGAGGUGGAUCUUCAAAAAGCCAAUAACAAAGCUUAUAAUGCAGAACACCAGCUGACCCAGCUGUCCCUCAAGCUGUGCAGCAGUGAGCAGCUGCAGCAGCAGAUCUUCCUGUUGAACCAGCAGCUCGUCCUGCUGAGGGAAACCAACCGGAGACUGACCGAACAGCUGGAGGGAGGAGAGACACACCACUGGACUGAGAUGUCCAUGCUGCAGUGCAGUGUGGGUAAGGAGUACCAGCGCCUGAAGGACAGUGACGUCCAGCACAGGCAGAAGCUGGAAGCAGCCAAUCACAGGAUCGCAGAGCUGGAGAGCCAGCUGGCCAAAAGAGACCAGCUGAUCCUGGAUCAGAAGAAACUCCUGGAGGAGACCAAAGCUCAGAGCAGAGCGGAGCUGUCUGCCUGUCAGAGUCGCUGUCUCGCUCUGAGGAGAGUCACCCAGACUCUGCAGACUGAGAUGCUGCACCUGUACAGUCAGGUCCACCUGGACUCAAACAGCCAAUCUCAGGACAGCAGGCCCAAUGGCCGCAGCGCUGCCUUGCCAGCUCCACAGGGAAUCCACAAGCUCCGCCCCUCCUCUUCUUCUGUUGGUAUAUUAAACGGAGGUUUGGCGGCCCUCUCCACCUCCCCCCUCCACCUCCCUUCCUGCUCCUCCUCCCCGCUCUCACUCUCCCCUAUCGAGUCCCCCCUCGCCGUCGGCUCCUUCCUGGAGCAGCAUUCAAGGCAGCUGUUCAGACCGACCAAUCACAGCCAGGGGGAGGAGGAGCAACAUGACGAGGAGCAGCAGCAGGAGGAGGAGGAGAAGGAGGAAGCAGAGGAGGUUGAGGAUGUUCAUCAAGGGAGUCCUCCUCUGGUCAGUGAGGCAGAGGAGGUCCACCUCCUAGCAGGGAGUCCCCAGACGCAGCCACCAGACCAGGUUUCAGCCCACACCUCUGGACCUGCAGCGCCCCCUGCAGACCUGACGCUCGCUGUCCGGCAGCGGAGGCAUGAACUGAGCAUCAUGGACUACGACGAGACACUGCCCGAGUACUGAUGGAGAGAUGGAUGAAAGGCGGGAUGGGGGACGAGUAACGGUGGAGUGAGAGAGAUCAGCUGCUUUAAGCGUUAGCAUGCUACAGCUAACUUGCUAAGCUAGCUGACAGUCCACAAACACCCUCUGAUAUUUUCUCCAGCACAUCAGGACCUUCAGUCGCACUUACGAAGAAGUAAUCAGAAACCGUUGAAUGUACGGAAGUGGCUAACAGCAUGCUAGCUAACUAGACACAUGCUAAGCUACCUGCUUUAUUUAGGGCUAGUGUCGCUCCUGUGACACAAAGACUAAAAAGUAACUCUCCAAAUUUAAGAAUACACAACAAGUCAAACUGAAAUUUAAAUUCUUAAGCUCUUUUACUAAUUUCCUUUAUUUAAAUGUUUGUUGCUAAUGAGCUAACAGCUGUUAGCAGGUUUAUUCAACCUAAAAAAAAACAAGAGAUGAAAUGUAUCUGACAGAAAACAGCUGACAGCUCCUGAUCUAUGUAAACAUGACUCAGCUAGUGAUGCCUAAACAACUGUUACCCACAUUCACAACUUUGCUGCUAAUGAGCUAAUGUUGGUAAGCUAGCAAUUUAGUUAAAUAUCAAAAUAGAAUAUUUUAUAGAAUAGAACAGAAUAGAAUAUAAGCGUGACCAGAGGGACGAUAGUUCACAGUGCGCUUUAUUGCGUUCAGCAACAUGCAGUGUCUGUGCAGAUGUGUAGCUCUUUCCAGCACCAUCUGUUCACAUCUGAUUCUCCUUUUUCUGUGAAGACUUUCUCCUUUAAAUCUAUAACUUUGUUCUUGUUAAGUUAGAACUUAACAAUCUAGGACUUAAAUCUCAUUAAAUCCCGUCGUUAUUCUUCUGAAUGUACAACUUUUUUCUCUUAAAUGUUCUACUCUCCUUCUAAAUGUGCGUCUUUUUCUGUUACUAAUCAAUUCCCUUAAACUUAAUUCUUUCAAAUUAGCAUCCUUAUUCAUGGAAAAGUCUAACUUUUUUUUCUGAAAACUUUGUGAAGUUGGAGCUUUAUUCUCAAGAUCUUCAAAUAUGGCCCUGAUCCUCCAUCAUAGGUUAGGUUAAAGUUUAACAUAAAGUUAAAAUCAAAUUCUUCUUAGCUUGUUUUUUUUAACUCUAACACUCAUUAUUAGCUAACGUAUGGAUUUGUGUUCGGCCCACUGACUUCAUGAAGUAUGGACGUAGUCUCACUGGGUCACUCGUUGCUUUCUGACGCAGAGUUUUGAAGACUAUCGGCGGAGGUCGCCAUAUUGGAAAUACGUACUCAACUUAAAUCUCAGUCGACCUAACAUGAGGCACAGCGGUGGAGUUGAGGCAGACCUUAAACCUUUUUUUUCUGUGAAGAUCUACAUUUUUGAAUGGGUGUGUAUGUGGCUUCAGUGCUUCUGCAGGCAGCCUCUAGUGGACGCUUCAGGAACUGCAGUUUUUGGUACCUCUACAUUGGCUUAAUUUCUCAAGACUGGAGUUUGCCGCUUAAUUUGGAAACAGUUAAGAGACAUUAUAAUGAAAUAAAAAUCAGUCUUGUUAAGAUUUAAAACAACACAACUUUGCACCCUAGUGUUUAAAAACUUGGCCCUCAUAAACUGAAUGUUGUGGUUGGGGAAAACCAACAAAAACUUCAACAAAAAGUCGUCAUCAGAUAAGCUAAUCUAUUUUCUCUUAGAUUUUCUACUUUUCUUCUAAAUGUGCGUCUUUUUCUGUUACUAAUCAAUUCUCUUAAACUUAAUUAUUGCAAAUUAACAUCCUUAUUCAUGGAAAUGUCCUAACUUUUUUUUCUGAAAACUUUUCUGAAGUUGGAGCUUUAUUCUCAAGAUCUUAAAAUAUGGCCCUAAAAUAAAUGUCUUGUUAGCUUGUUCUUUUAAACUUCCACUUGUAAGAUCAAGAACUUUAACGCUCGUUGUUAGCUAACGUGAGAGACAGCAUAAUGACAUAAAAAACAGUCUUGCAAAGAUUUCAAACAACCCAUCUUUUCACCCUAGUAUUUAAAACUUCUCUUUUAAAAGCUGUAUCAUGAACUGCAUGUUGCUGCUCGCCAAACCAACAAAAACUUCACCAAACAGUCGUCAUCAGAUGAGCUAAUCGCACCAAAAACAGAGAGUUCAUGUUGAAUAUGUACGUAUAUAACGGCACUUUUAGCGCUAUGUUUUCAUGAUCUGUUUGUGACUGAAGGUCCUGAGUUUACAUGAUGUGAUUGGGUCUUGGGAGUAUAAACAGCAAUAAGAGGGUUUUUUUUUGUAGAAGCUCCCAGCAGCUUUACUCAUCAUGAAACAUUAGCUGUAACAAAAAACUGCCUUACUUUGACAUCUUUCUCUAAUUUUACAACACAUCUCAUGGUGCUCCCGCAGCAUCACAACACUACAUGAGAUCUGAAUCGUGCAAUAAACCCUCUGAGGAACUUCAUCAGUUUAUUCAGAACUUUACUUUUUCCCUAUUUCUUUUUUUGUCCACUAGGGGCAGCAGAGCAAGCUGUGUGACAAAACCUGACGUGUUGUCUUCUUAUGAAGUCCAGGAGACAAAGAGCAGCAUGGUCAUCCCUCUGAUGAUGUUGGCAUGAUUUGGGGUUCCUCAGGGUUCCGGUCUUGGUCUUUUAUAUUUUUAAUUAACAGCUUGAAUGCCAAAUAUUUCGUUGACCUCUCCUUCAGGACGUUUUGGAGCAUUAACCCCGGACACAAGGCUUAAAUAUAAUCCUCUGACAAGGACUCUCAUGGACAAGAUAACAGCUGUGGUGUUUUUUUAACAGAUCAUAAAGCGUUGUGAUGUUUCUAACUGAAGACUGUAAACCAGAAUCAAUCAAUGACUGUAUAAAAUGAUGGAUAACUUUUCUUCCCCUCAUACAAAGAUGAUGCCAAAAUACUCACAUGUGCGAACGUAGAGCCAGAGUCUGACAUCCAGUUACCAAAACACACUUUGAACAGACGUCAGAGACCCCUCAGGUGUGUCCGGUCCUCAGCCGAAGAACUCUUUAUGUCCGUUUGAAGUAGUUUAUGGAAAGAGCCGUCAAUCAUGGCAUUAUCAUUUUCACCGCAUCCAAUAAGUAGCUAGAGUUCUCCGAAAGUGGGAGGAGCUUUAUGGGUUUUUUUGGCUUCACUUUUAGGGAGCUGUCUUGCUGUCCAUCUUUACAUACAGUCUGUGGUUUUGACCCAAUCAAAGCAUCAGGGCUUCAGAUGCAGUAAUCAGCCUUAACCUUUGUAUGAUUGGUAAAUGUUGUGCAUGUUAACGUUCUUUGGGUUUGGGAGAGUGUCUCAUCAGGUUUAAGGCUCAGGACUCUAGAUUCAAAUAUUUGCAGCUGAAGUCUGUUUUCAUCUUUACUUUUACUUUGUAAGUCGCCAUGUAAAGAAACAGCGUGGCUUUGGUCUAACAAACGUUUCAGCGGACACUAAAGUCUGAGUCCGGGAUGUUUCCAGUGACGACACGCAGACCAAAGACUUCCUCUGAUCGCCUGUAGGACUGAAUCCAGCUGAAUGAAUGAAUCCGCCAAUCUCAUGAUUUUUUUUCCUUUCAAUGCUUCAGCAGCGACACAACGACUCGUCUGUAGCUGAGUUGCUGUUCUUCAGGAAGCAUCUGGAUCAGUGCUUGUUGCCAGUAGCUGUGUAUCACAAGCCUGACAUGACUUUGACUGUUAAACUGUGAACACUAGAAAUAAAGACUUCUUAAAUCUC